AUGGAGAUUGAAUCGAGAUCGAGCGCGCCGCCGAACAUCACCAUGGUCCUCCACAAUCCGAACAACUGGCAUUGGGUCAACAAGGAUGUGUCGGGAUGGACGCGCGAGUAUCUUGACAAGGAGCUCACGCAAAUAUCGGCUGAGCAGGAUGGCGUCACAGCCAAGAUCGACAAGGUCGUUAGCAUGGAUGGAGACGUAGACGUGAGCCAACGCAAAGGCAAAGUGAUCACCAUCUUCGACGUGAAGCUGAAGCUCGAAUACUCAGGCAAGAACAAAGAGGGCGAAGAGGCUAGCGGCACCAUUACCGUCCCGGAAGUCGCUCACGACACGGAGGAAGACGAGUAUGUCUUUGAGGUAGACGUCUACUCCGACGAAGCGAGCAAACAACCCGUAAAGGACCUAGUACGAUCCAAGAUCCUACCGCAACUGCGAACAAGUUUCACAGGGCUUGCGCCAGCGGUCAUGGCGGAACACGGAAAGGAUAUCCAACACGCGCCAGGUGCGAACCCCGGUAGCGGCUUCUCGGCCCCAAAGGUAUACUCGAGCUCAAGCGUGAACAAAUCCACCUCCCAGACUGAGGCAUCUGGCUCUCAAAAGAGCAGCUCUGGUGCUGUUGUCAAUGUGACCACUAUCACCGACAGCACAGAGUUCCGCACCGACGCGGCGAACCUGUACCAGACCUUCACGGACCCUCAGCGCAUCGCUGCGUUUACACGGGCACCCCCGAGGAACUUCACAGGUGCGAAGCCUGGCGGUACCUUUGAGCUCUUUGGCGGAAACGUCAGUGGAGAGUUCACCGAGCUCCAAGAACCCACACACAUCGUCCAGAAAUGGCGACUUGCGCAAUGGCCUGCGGGACACUACUCGACACUGUCGAUAUGGUUUGAUCAAAACGAUGUUGAUGCCGUGACGGUUAUGAGGGUCGAGUGGAAGGGUGUACCAGUUGGUCAGGAGGAGCCCACUAAGACCAACUGGGACCAGUACUACGUGCGCAGUAUCAAGACGACCUUCGGCUUCGGUACAGUAUUGUAG